AUGGUGAAAAUUAACAUUGUGAAAUGGACUAGUGUUCUCAACUGCGGGCUGACCCUGUCUUCUUUGUACGGCUACAAAUAUGUGUGCACAUCGAUAGCCAGAUUAUUGAUGACAAUCACAGUGUCAGAUGCUCAAACCAAUACGCAGCAAAUCGAAUGGAAGAAAACUGCUACUCCUCUUACUGUCAAACAGAUCCUGAAUGCUUCCCAGCUCUAUGAUGGAGCUGAUAUCACUCUAGACGGGCGGAAGCUUGGCUGUGUCUACUGUGUAGGCAACGUCCAAAGCAUUAGAGUUGAAGAAACCUACGCAGUGCUCGAAAUUGAAGAUGGAACUACUAGUAGUACUAGAAGCCUUUCAGCUGUUGUGUUUGAAGACGAAAGAGGCCUCUUGACUGCAUUUAAGUGUAUGAAGGAUGAGGGGAAGAUUGAAAACUCGAUUAAAACCCGCGGGAUUUCUCGUGUUGAGGAUCCACAUCAGAUAUUCUACCAUUUCUUCGAAUGUGCAAUUGCUUAUAUGGAAUGUAAGAAAUCACUGUCAAGUAUGGAAGAUGACGAAAGGGAACAGGCAGCUGCUCAAGAAAACCCAUCUUCCGAGCCAGGAAACAGAGACACAGCUUCGAAAGACGAGGAAGAAGAGGAGCAACCACCUCAAGAGCCACCAGAAAUUUCACAGUCAGACGAAUCUUCGGACGACGAGGUCGAGUAUGCGGACGAUAACCCGGUUUCGAUCGAGGAUAGCAGCUCUGAUGAAGACGAAGACCAUGAUGUGAAACAGAAGGCAGAGGUCAUGUCUACAGACGACUCCAAUUCCAACACAAGCAAGGAAGAGGAUGAUGAGACAAAUCCGACACCAGUUUGUACUUCUACUCGGACUCAAUCUCAAGCCGCCUUGGAAACACAGACAGAGACUGAGGUAGACAAUGUUCCGUGCACGGAAGGCACAGACAAGGAGUUGAAGAAUGUUGAAGGAACACUCAAGAAAUUACAUCUUACUCCGGCAGAUCACUCUGCCGCAUCUCCAGACGCCGUACCACAAGUACAACCGCCUCGUGCACAAUCUCAGCCUCAAGCCAAUACAGACCCACUGUCGGGUUUGACGAAUGUCCAACGCGUAGUCAUCCUUCACAUCCAGCAGAGGCGUGACCAAAUAUGGGCCGAAGGCGAAGAAGACUGGUUUGGUCUACACGUCUCCGAGUUGGUUCGUGUGGUUAGAAGACUUGAAAAGGGUAUCACUGCUUCUGAGAUCAGGUAA